AUGAAGUUCUCCCUCAGCUCUCUCGUGCUGUCGGCAGCGUCGAGCCUGGUGCUCGCCACGCCCAUCGACAACACCUUCGUCUACGACGCCGUCAUCAUCGGAGGCGGUCCCGCAGGACUUAGCGUCGCGAGCGCCCUCGGCCGUGUGCGCCGCAACACCCUGCUCAUCGACUCCGGAGAGUACCGCAAUGCGCCCACGAGACACAUGCACGAUGUCAUCGGCUUCGAUGGCGUCACCCCGGCCUGGUACCGCUACGCGGCCCGCGAGCAGAUCUCUCACUACAAGACCGUCACCCUGACCAACGGAACCGUCACCAAGAUCGCCGGCAGCGACGCCGAGAACUUCCUCGUCACGACCAACUGCGCCGACAACUCGCUCAAGACGGUGCGCACGCGCAAGAUCGUCCUCGCCACCGGCCUGAAGGACAACCUGCCCGAGACGCCCGGUAUCUGGGAGAACUGGGGCAAGGGCAUCUACUGGUGCCCCUGGUGUGACGGCCACGAGCACGCCGACCAGUCCCUCGGUCUGCUGGCGGCCUCCUUCAGCGACCUCCCCUCCCUCGUCCGCGAGAUCCUGACCCUCAACACCGACCUCGUCGCCUUCGCCAACGGCACCGACACCGAGGCCGCCCGCGCCGAGACCGAGGCCAAGAACCCCAAGUUCCAGGAGUUCCUCGACCUGCACAAGGUCCCGGUCGAGAACCGCACCAUCACCGCCAUCACCCGCCUCCGCAACGCCGACGACGACCCCAAGGCCGACCCGUCGCUGCCGACGGCGCCCGAGCACGACCUCUUCUCGGUCGAGUUCGCCGAGGGCGACCCCAUCCAGCGCGCCGCCUUCCUCCUCAGCUUCCCCGACGAGCAGCGCAGCACCAUCGGCGCCGAGACCGGCGUCCAGCUCUGGGGCGGCCGGCUCGCGGCCGAGUCGUCCAAGGGCCACGCCACCAACGUCCCGGGCAUCUACGCCGUCGGCGACGCCAACUCGGACAACAGCACCAACGUGCCGCACGCGCUCUUCAGCGGCAAGCGGGCGGCCGUCUUCCUGCAUGUGAGACUUGCCAAGGAGGACCAGGCCAAGGAGACUGGCGUCAACGUCACCGCCCUCCGUAGAGAGCUGGAGCUGGACGAGCGCUCCGUCUGGGAGGCCGCCAACGGCCAGCCCGGUGAGAUCCUGUACGCCGGCGAGUUUGACCAGUAA